AUGGCCCCCAAGCGAGUUCUCAUCACAUACGGAGUCGACGUUGACGCGGUAGCUGGAUGGCUUGGUUCCUAUGGAGGCGAAGACUCGACAAAUGAUAUUAGCCGAGGUUACUGGGCAGGUACAGUUGGGACACGACGACUGCUGAAGCUAUUCGACAAGUAUGAUAUCAAGACAACUUGGUUCAUUCCCGGUCACUCGCUGGAGACCUUUCCCGAGGACAUGGCUGCUGUCCGAGAUGCAGGGCACGAGAUUGGUCUUCAUGGCUACUCGCACGAGAACCCAACGGACAUGACCAUUGAGCAGCAGCGUGAUGUUCUAGACAAGACCUAUCGUAUGCUGACCGAGUUCGCUGGCAAACCACCCCGUGGCAGCGUCGCCCCAUGGUGGGAAACCAGCCAAGAAGGCGCCCAACUACUCCUGGACUACGGCAUUGAAUAUGAUCACAGCAUGAGCCAUGAGGAUUGUCAGGCAUAUUAUCUCCGGACGGGUGAUAGCUGGACCAAGAUUGACUACAGCCAGAAAGCCGAGACCUGGAUGAAGCCCCUUGAACAUGGCACGCAAACUGGCCUGGUCGAAAUUCCCUCCAACUGGUACAUUGAUGAUUUGCCGCCCAUGAUGUUUAUCAAGAAAGCGCCAAAUAGUCAUGGUUUUGUCAAUCCGCGGGACGUGGAAGAUAUCUGGCGCGACCACUUUGAUUACUUCUACCGCGAGUACGAUGAGUUUAUCUUCCCGAUUACUAUCCACCCAGAUGUUUCUGGAAGACCGCAUGUUCUUCUGAUGCAUGAGCGACUCAUUGAGCACUUCAAGAAGCAUGAAGGAGUUGAAUUCGUGACCAUGGAGCAAGUGUGUGACGAGUUCAAAAAGAAGAACCCAGUUCCACCAGGCGCUCUGAUGCCUGCCCCGGUCGGAGAAAUGUUAAUGAAAUGA